GAAGCGGGAACUUCAGUAGAGUGAACUAUCAGCUAUAUAUUUCAUGUUUACCUGACUUUCUGGUCUUCUCAAAGCAAAUAUUUUCUGCGCAGAAAAGUGAAUAAUGGAAGAAGAUUUAGAACAAAGGUCUGGGGCUCAAUCGCGUGUAGCAAGCGCAACUUCGUCGCAUGUAGAUGGCGAAGGAGAUGUAGUCGUGGAGGAGGUGAAAGCCACUCCGACAUCUUUGAAUAUGUGUUGGUCGUUUGGUGUAAACAGGCAUGUCCCAGUUCAGAAUUUAUCGAAUGGAAGUCGAAAGGUGGCGUUCUAUGUUUGUUCUCAUGUUGGAAUGAUGUUUGACUGGGAAGCAAACAAACAACAACUUCUACAAGGCCAUUGUAAUGCUAUUGCCUGUACAUGUGUCAGUGAGGACAGGCGAUGGGUUGCAACCGCAGACUGUGGUAAAGACAGUAUGGUUAUUAUCUGGGACUCAUUCACAACUAUUCCAGUACAGACAAUAUUUGAAGCUCAUCCCAAUGGCUGUGCAGCCAUUGCCAUGUCUCCAGAUGCUAAAUAUAUUGCCACAAUAAGCAGUACCCUACCACAGACUGUAUCUGUGUGGGAUUGGACAGUUAAUGGUGACAUGCCGAUGUGUUCUGUAGUGCUCGGUGAUGACUUUGGAAAACAGAAUUACAUCACAUUUAACCCGGAGGAUACAAGUGAACUUGUCAGUAACAGUGAGUCUCAAGUUAUUUUUUAUCAGUGGAAUGAGAAGGCUUUAGAGUUUGUUGCUCCACCCCUCACAGACAAGGAUUUCAACCGGAGUGUUGGGCUCUACAGCCAGUCCAUUUUUCAGCUCCAGUCCCCCAGAGCACUCACAGCCACAAGUUGUGGAAACAUAGUGGUUUGGGAACAUACUGGAGGGGAAUUAAAAUGUAACAGAAAAGCAUUCAAGAUUGUGAAAUUGCAAGAGAAAGCUCUUACAGUACUCACAACUACUAACAGGUUCAUUGUGACAGGAGAUGUGGCAGGUCAUGUGAGAUUUCUUGAUCAACAGCUCAGGCUCACUAAUUGGUAUAAGCACUUCAAUGCUGGUCCUAUCAAUGCAGUAUCAUUUUCUUACUCACCAAAGACAGUUGACGGACAAACUCCCCCAGUUCAACCAAACUAUCCUUCCAGUUCUACUUUGGAUGCUGAACCAUUUGUAGUAAAUGAUUUCUUAAUUAGCACAUCCACUGCCAACAUUGCUCAUUUUGCCACUGAUGGGAGUGAACUUCAGUUUGUCCGAAGGGAGCAUGAUAGUGACACUCAUGGCAUAGCAUGCCACCCAUCUGAACCAAGGCUGUGUAUUGGGAGUUACUCAGGUCUACUUCAGCUUUGGGAUUAUGAAAAGAAAGAACUGCUGGCAAGUCGAGUUUUUGACCAACGUCAACUGAUGAUCCAAUGCAUGACGUUUAACCCUUCAGGAGAUCUUUUAGCUAUUGGAUUUACUAAUGGUAGUGUGCGUAUCUUGGAUGGAUUGCUGCUGAAGGAAGAAGGGCAUGGUGAUGGCCUUGCUGUUUUCAAUCACUGCCAUGAUUGUGUCACUAAUAUCAAAUUCUCUCAUGAUUCCAACUAUUUGGCCACAUGUGAUUUAGACCGCUGUGUAACAGUUUUCAAAGCACAGAAGGACAACUCAGACCAACCAUGGGUUUAUGUUGGUAAACAGAGAGCUCACUAUAAAACAAUACAAGACGUUUCCUUUGGGAUAGCUUUAGACAGUGAUAUCCCUCGGUUACUUUCUCUGGGUCAAGAUAGAGUGCUGGUGGAGUAUGAUCUUCUGAACAGCAGCACAGAUGACCUCCGUCUCAUCAGUUCAGAGAGAAUUGAACAAAGUGCUGUACCUCAGUGUUUUACUUGGUAUCCGCCAAUUGUCAAGGAAGAUUUUCUAGUAGUCGCUAACGAUCAGUUCAAAUUAAAAUUGUAUAACUCAACCACGAAGAUGUGUAGACAAACGCUGCUGGGACCAACAUAUGGCACCCCACUGAGAAGACUUAUCGUAUUACCAGCUCACGAGGAAAGAUUGACACGGUAUCUCGCUUACAUUACAGUGGACAAGGUUGGUCUUCAAUGCCUACCAUUAGAUGGAAAUCCGCACAAGACCAUGGCUUUAAUCGCGCAUCCAGAGGGGGUGUCUAACUUGGUUUCUUCAUGUGAUGGGAAGUAUGUUUUCACAGCCGGUGGCGAGGAUUGUAGUGUAUUAAUGUGGGAAAUCAACCUGGAUGCGUUGGAAGCUGCGGCUGCUCUCGGCGGUGAGGGUCUGGUACCGUUCUACGGUUUAUUAGAAGGUGGUCGGGACGGUGAACUGUUCGCUGAGUUGGAGGACUAUUUCUAUUACGCCCAGAUCAGAAGUCAAGGUGUGGACACGACAGACACCAGACAAGUAUCAACAAAAGUGCCACUAGCUCAGGUGCCGUAUAUCAUGCGAGCUUUGGGAUACUAUCCUACGGAACAAGAGAUUGAUGAUAUGAUCAAUGAGGUAAAAUUCAGAGAUUACGUUGCAACAGGAAAAUACGUAAACGAGAUUGAUCUGGGUGAAUUUAUAAAACUUUACGUCAACCAUCGCCCUGCGUUUGGCUUAUCACCGUUUGACUUAAAUGAAGCAUUUACCAAGCUGGGUAUACCGAGUGACGAAGGAUUUGCAAUUGAUCGGGACAGACUUUUGACUCUGUUACAGAACAAAGGUGAACAUAUGACAGAGGCUGAGCUGGCCGAAUGCAUGUCCACGUUGUUAGGUCUCGGAGAGUUAGGUGGCAGUGCAGAGACUGGAACCUAUGACGCUUCUGAUGCAAGCGAAUUGCUAAAAGAGCAUCUGCCAGAGAAUGUUACCGCUGACAGCUUUGCGGCUCAAGUGUUGGGUUUCGUUACUGAAGGAAAUGAGACGCCCUCUAGCUAAUUUAUCAUUGGAAAAGUUUACUUAAGAUAUAGUUACUUAAACGGUAGAGAGAUGUAUUUAUUUUGCAAUGUCACUUCGUGAGCAAGCAGCCAUUUAUUCAUUUUAUCUGACGCACGUGUCAAUGACAUUCCAGGAUGUAGAAAGCGUUAGAACAGUCUCGUGGUUGUGUUAAAAGAGGUUUGGAGUAGCUAGCGAGUAAUUCAAACACACCAGUCUUGUGAUGUAUGCGUCCAGUAGAAUUUUUUGCAUUUCUGGAAUAUCAUACAGUCAUCCAGGCAGGAUAUUUUAACUGCUUGGGAAAGUUGUACAUAUGUAAAUAUUGGUAAUCCCAGAGUGAAAAGCUGAUUCUCUUUAGAGGAACUGCUUAUAAUAAAGAUUUCCAUUUUC